AUGAGCUUUUGGAAACACUAUAAAGCAUUAUGCUUGAAGAAUGUGUAUUUAUACAAAAGGAACUGGAAGGGAUCUCUUUGAGAACUCCUCUUUCCAGUCCUGAUGAUUCUCUUAGUUCUCCUAAUGAGAAUUGCGAUUUCAAAGGACAAAAAUCAGCCCAAAAGUAUGCUAGACUCAGGAUACUUGUGGUAUGAUCAAGGCUCUGUUACUGCCAAUAAGGAGUUUGGAGGGUACUCGAUUUUUGAGAAUGGAACUAAAUGGUUUGAUUACUGCUUUGAUAGAAAAGAUACUCCAGAUAGAACUAUCAUUGCUCUAGCUCCUUCAGGAAAUACUAUCAUUCAGAAUAUAAAAACAAGACUUGAAUCUGACUUAUUGCCGACUUAUAAUUUCACAGUGAGUCUAUAUAAUUCAAGAGACGAGAUUAUGAAGGCUAUCACUGCUUCUGAUUACGAGCAGAACGGGAAUCCAGGAAUUUGAUUCGGAUCAGCUUUUACAGAAGCAUCAGCAGAUAAGAUUACAGUAAACAUGAUCUUUGACGACAUUUUACCAGAAAGAAACAGUAAUGCCAAUAUGCCAAACCAAGGCUUACCAGCAACUGAUAGCUUUGAAAGAGGACCAAAUGAAGAUGCAUUUGAUAGAUAUAAGAUUGGAGGGUACACUUACAUGCAGAAUAUAAUUGCUAAUGAGAUUUUGAUCAACUCCAAAGGCACUGGAGCCUAUAUUUCAAUGAUGUAUACAGGAAUGAAGACAAAUGAAUAUGUAAAAGAUGAUUUUGCUGAACAAAUAAUCAACAUGUGGGGAGCGUUACUUAUCUUUGUAAUUUUAGCCCCGAUGUACAGAUUUUUAUACAAUUGAACUGAAGAAAAAGGAUCUAAAAUUAGAGAAGCUAUGAAAAUUAUGGGUAUGACUGACUUCCCAUAUUGGCUUUCUUGGCUUACAUAUUAUAUCGUUUUGAACACUCUUCAGUGCUUGCUGAUGACCCUCCUGCUCAUCCCAGUUUUUGAGUACACCAACAAAUUCAUUCUAUUCAUCCAUUUAUGGAUUUACGGGAUGUCUGUCUUUGGGUACUGUAUCUUUAUCUCAGCAUUUUUCUCAUCUCCCAAAGCUGCAGGAAUGACUGGAAUCAUGCUGUUUUUCUCUCUUUCCUUCUGUAUAACUAUUGUAGGAGAUAGAUCUGUUUCUGAAACUUCAAAAAACUUCGCAUCUCUGUUUCCAUCCCUUGCAGUACAGCUUGGAGGAAUAAAUUUGCUGAAAUACGAAGAAGUUGGACUAGGAGUCACUUUUAAUAAUGCUAACGAUGUUUAUGAAAAUUACAGAUUUGGAACCUGUCUUUGGAUGAACUUAAUAUCCUUUUUCCUCUUCUCAGUACUCGGGAUAUACCUUGAAAAUGUCUUACCAUCAGCAGUAGGAGUCAGAAAACCUCUGUGGUUUCCAUUCACGAAAUCUUUUUGGUUUGACACUAAGAAAAAUACACCAGAAAAUGCGGAUAAUGAAGAUGAACUUUCGAGAAGGAAUUCAAACAAGAUUAGGAAUUCCUCUCAUUUGGAAGGAAGUUCUCAAGAACAUGUAGAUAUUGACCUCACCAACUUUGAAGAAGUCCCUGAGUACCUGAAGAUAAAGGAGGCUGACCAGGAGUUUGUCAGGAUCACCAACCUCAAGAAAAACUUUGAUAAAUUUUGGGCUGUGGAUGGACUCUAUAGUGAAAUGUAUGAAGGCCAAAUCUUUGCUUUACUUGGACAUAAUGGGGCCGGUAAAACGACCACUAUCAAUAUUUUAUGUGGAAUGAUAGCCUGAACCAGUGGUAAAGCUUCUAUUUAUGGGUAUGAUAUAAAUGAAAACAUGAAAUCACUCAGGAAAAUCAUGGGUUAUUGCCCUCAACACAAUAUUUUGUUCCCAAAGCUGACUGUAACUGAACACUUGAAGAUUUUUGCUAAUUUUAAAGGCCAGAAAAGCGAUGAAAUUUCUGAAGAAAUUACUGAAAUCUUAGAUGAUUUGAACAUGACUGACAAAGCAAACGUGCUCUCAAAGGACCUCUCUGGUGGUUAUAAGAGAAAACUCUCUCUAGGGAUGGCCUUAAUAGGAGGCUCUAAAAUUGUAUUCCUUGACGAACCCUCAAGCGGGAUGGACGUCACCGCCAGGAGAGAGAUGUGGGAUAUGCUGAAGAAAUACAAAAAUGACAGAAUUAUCAUUCUUACUACGCACUAUAUGGAAGAAGCUGAUAAUUUGGGAGAUCGAAUCGGCAUCAUGUCUCAAGGAAAAAUGCUCUGUUGAGGUAGACCAGAGUUUUUAAAAAAUAAGUUUGGUGAAGGGUUCAACCUGGUAGUAGUCAAAGAACGAAGGGAGGAAAACCAUAGCCUUGAAGACUUUAUCAUGAACUCCAUUGAUGGAGUUAGGAAGGUGUCUGAAGUCAGUUCUGAAGCUACAUACUUGUUACCAAAAGACUCAACUGAUAGAUUUCCAGAAUUCUUCAAAGAGUUUGAUGAAAGACUUGAAGAAUUGAAAGUAAAUUCAUAUGGAGUCUCUAUGGCAACUUUGGAGGAAGUCUUUCUUAAGGUUGAAAAUUCAGGGAAGGAAGAACACCAUAAGGCUAUUGAGAGGAUUAAGAAAAGAAUGACCUCUGAAUGCAACCAGGAUCAAGAAUAUACAAUUUCUAAGGAGCAAGUUGAAGGAGUUUUGAAUGUAUUUUUCUUGCAUACUUGGGCUCUUCUGAUAAAAAGAUUCAUCUUAACAAAGAGGAAUAUUAAAGGACUUAUAAUGGACAUCAUUGUUCCAUUUGUUUUAUUACUCAGUGGCUCUUGGUUUGUGACUGUUGAUCAUUACAAAAACUCUGCUCAAAGGAUCCUUGAACCAAAUUUAUUCCCACUUGAUCAGAGAGUCAUUUAUAACUCUUAUAAUGUUGGUGGACGUAACUCUGCAGAUUUGAUGGAUUUAUUGGAUCCUUCAUCUAAUUUUACAAUUUCAGAUAUCACCACUUCAGGAUCAACCGAGAGAGAAAACCUAAUCAAUUUUGAUAACCAAAUAUACAAUGCUUCUCUUGUAAAUCCCUUGUAUCCAUCAAGGUUUGGUCACUAUUAUUUUAACUUCUUGGAUUAUACAAAUCAUCAAUAUGAAGUUGCUACAUUCUUUAAUAGUACAAGUCAAGAUGCUCAUGUAGCCUUCCCUCAUUUUAUGUAUGAAGCCAUCCUUAAGAAGUCUAUAAGCUCUAGCUUUAAUUACACGAUGAUCAAUGACCCAAUGCCUAUUGUUGAUGUCUUCCAAGACCAGAUUAGAGGGCUAGACUCUUUGUUCUUACUAUUGCUUUAUGCAGUUGCUCUAGCUUUGAUCCCGGCCAGUAUUAUAGGAUUUUUGGUUAAUGAAAAAUCUACAAAUUUGACCCACCAACAAACCAUUAGUGGAAUGAAUAAAGCUGCUUAUUGGGUCUCCAACUACAUCUUCGAUAUUACUAGGGUAUUCGUGCCGAUCCUGAUCGCUAUCGCUUUGCUGUACAUCUUUGAUAUUGCGUACUCUUAUGCUUGGUUACUGCUAUUACUCUUCCCUUUUGCAAUAGUUCCAUACACAUACGUAACUUCGUUCCUUUUCAGCGAAGAUGCUCCAGCCCAGAAUUUUACGAUCAUCCAUCACAUGAUUAUCGCAGGGAUCUUCCCGAUCAUUUUAUUCAUCCUAAGACUGAACGAGAGUACUGAAGGCUUUGGUGAUCAUAUAAGAUGGAUCUUCAGGUUGAUUCCUUCGUAUAACACUGUUGGUGGUAUAUCUUCCAUUGCUAUUAAAGACUAUAUUGCAAAUAAUAGACAAGAAACACCUCCAAGUCCUUUCUCUUUUGAUGUAGCUGGAGCUGACUUGGUGUUUCUCUUUGUUCAUAUGAUAGUCUGGCCUUGCCUCCUUAUUCUCAUUGAACUAGGAGUCUUCAAUUUCUUAAGGAAGAAGGGUAAGAAUGUUCCAGUCGAACAAGAUGAGCUUGACAAUGACGUCGAAGCUGAAAGAUUUAAAGUAGAGCAAACCUCUGAAUCCGAACUUGCUGUUAGAGCCAAUCAUCUAAGAAAAGUAUUUGGGGAUAAAGUGGCUGUUAAAGACAUCUCAUUUGCUCUUGAAUUUGGAGAUUGAUUCUGCCUUCUUGGUGUCAAUGGAGCAGGCAAGACCUCAACUUUUAAAAUGCUAACUGGAGAUAUCCUCCCAACUACAGGAGAAUCUCAUAUUUGAAGUUAUGAUGUAAAGAAAGAUUUCUCUCAGGCCAGGAAGCAAAUUGGCUACUGUCCACAGUUCGAUUGUAUCUUUGAAUUGAUGACAGUCAGAGAGCAUCUUGAGUUUUACACAAAAAUCAAGAAGAUCCCUCGGGAAUACUCAUCUAAACUCAUUGAAGAUCAACUCAAAAAUAUGAAUCUUGAAAAAUAUGAAAACAAACUUGCAGGAACACUUUCUGGAGGAAAUAAGAGAAAACUCUCUGUGGCAAUGGCAAUGAUCGGAAACCCACCAGUUGUAUUCCUCGAUGAGCCAUCUGCAGGGAUGGAUCCGAAGGCAAGGAGAUUCAUGUGGGAAGUUAUUGCCAAGAUUUCGACCAGAGGAAAGAACUCAGCUGUGAUCCUAACCACCCACUCAAUGGAAGAAGCAGAAGCUCUUUCUACCAAUAUGGGGAUCAUGGUCGGAGGCCAAUUUAAAUGCUUUGGCUCAAAGCAGCAUAUCAAGAACAAGUUUGGAACUGGGUACCAAGUAGAGCUCAAGUUUAAAAAGCUACAUGAAGAAGAAGUUGACCAUUUAAUUGACAAAAUUGAUUUACUAAAUUUCUUAAGAGAUAAGUACGUAACAUUGUAUGAAAUUGACAAUACCAAACAGAAAGACAGAAUUCUGCUAAGACAAGAAGCUUGUAGAGGUGUUCUUCAAGAUCUUCUUCAAAGCCCUAAUACCUUGAAUGAGCUCCAUGAAGGAGGCUUUGGAAGGGAAGUUAUGAAGACUCUUAAAGAGAAGGGAUACUAUCCCGCUGAUGAACUUAUUCAAUGGAAUCAUAUAACCAAAAAUAAUCUUGAAGCAAUUAACAUACUUGCCUCUGAAUUCGGUGAAGUUGAUCUUGUUGAGCAGAUCCAUCCAAGAUUCAGAUAUUCAGUGCAGAAGAAGGGGAAAUCUGUAGGAUACUUCUUUGGACUUCUUGAAAGAGUUAGUGAGAAGCUUGAUUUGGAUGAGUAUUCAGCAUCUCAGACAACUCUGGAACAAAUCUUUAAUGGCUUCGCUAGAUCUGAAGAUCACAAAGCAGUUCAGAGAAAGUUUACUAACACAGAGUUGGUAAUACACUCAGGAGGAGAAAAUUAUGACUCACAAUCUUUUAAAGAAGAAUUUAAAAGGCCUAACAAAUUUCAAAAUUUCAGAGUCAAUAUUCAGAAAUCUAAGAUUUCUGAUCUGAUAGAUCAAGAGGAAUAA